AUGAGUUGAUCUAUUGGUUUGCAAGUCGGUUGAACUCUGGGCUUAUUGAGUUGAUCUAAUGGUUUGCAAGUCGGUUGAACUCUGGGCUUUAAUGAGUUGAUCUAAAACUGCAGAAUCUAGUUGCAGCAUUGUGGUUUACUUCUGCCCCCCGCCCAUUGCGUUGACUGGGCUGAGAGGGGCAGAGGUGGUCCAUCCAUUGUGGGGCGUUCGCCCUGUUUCGCAGCUGCAAAAUCUAGUUGCAGCAUUGUAGUUUCUGCUGUCCCCCGCCCAUUAUAUAGACUGGGCUGAGAGGGGGCAGAGGUCAUCCAUUGUAGGACGCUGCUCUGUUUUGCAUUUCAAGGGUUGAGACAGACAGUGGUGUCCAUUUUGUCUGAGUGGAAAUUUCCACUUGGGCUUGCUCCUUGGCAAAUUUAGCAAUUUAGUUUGAGAACCAGUAGCGCCCGGAGAGGCUGCCUAGUUUAUUGGUUCGUACUUGGUUGUUCUUUAAGCGUGUCAGUUUGGUUACACGCCUUCAUUUACGUUACGUUUUCAACCCUUGCUGCCCGUGGAGUCCGUGGAGGCUGUCUGAUUUACAGGUAACAGAAAAAGCAGAAGACCUGACAGUAACGGUUGACGAUGAAACAACCAUGCAGACUGUUUCAGCAGCGACCUGCCCUGACGGUUACAUGAAGUACCGCGAAGUCUGCUACAAGGCAUUUGACACGUACAAAACGUUCUCCGAGUCGGCUGAGAUCUGUCGGUCUGACGGAGGAACCCUCGCCAUGCCCCGAGACGCCGGCAUCAACGCCUUCCUCUACUCUCUCACGACCACGUUAGGCAGCAAUGACGACUUCUGGUUCGGCUUGCACGAUCAGCGACAGGAAGGUAAGUGGACAUGGAUGGACGACACCGCACUGGGAACCGGCAACUACACCGCCUGGGCAGCGGACCAACCCAACAGUUAUAAAGGAGAGGAAGACUGCGCCUUGCUGCACACGGGCUGGUACGAUUACCCUUGUCAGGAGAAGGAGGGCUUCUUCUGUCAGGUCAUACCGUGAGGCCGGCGUCGCAAUUUUCCUUCUCGUAUCAAAAACGCUCGUCCCCUUUCCAAGCUUAACGGCAGUUGCUAUAUCGCCGAUUAUUUUUAACCAUAUCCGAGCGUUUCAUUACUUUUGCGAGACUAGCAAGAAGCAAAAAUGUAUGUAAAGCAACGUUUAGAUUACAAAUAUACGUAAUAAAUGGUAAAAGAAUAAAAAAGUGUAUUGAUUCGGGGUUGAACACGAGUCAAAAAUUGAAGAAAAAACCCUAAGUCCCAAUCUUGGGGGAGUAGAAAUAAUUGGAGAGAGAUUUCUAAUGCAUAACUUGAUGACAACGAUCGUUUAUGAGUAGCUUCGCCGCAUUUCAAGAUCGCCAGAGAGUCGAGAAUAUUGGCUUGUAAAAAUAAAGAUAUCACACUGGUGACCUACAAUCAUUGGCCGAUAUCUAGAAAUCUCGCAGUAAUCGAGAGGUAUUGAGGUAUUGCUGUCCUGCAGAGAUCGCACGCCCGUCGAGUGAGGUUUUUAUUUGCUGCUGUGUAACGCAUCACAAACAUGACAUUGGCAUGUAUAAAACAUUUCAUUCAGUUUGCACGACUAGCCUAUUCAUAGCAUUGCAUGCGUGGAAGAGUGCGUGUUGACAAAGUAGUCUGGGCAAAAACGUAACGUGACAUAUUUGUAUGGUCUCCCCACCAUCUAAAUGUUAAGUAAAUCUUAUGUAAGUUAUUUGAUGUAAAUUAGAAACAGCACCUCCAAUUCUGUAUGAAUGUUUUUCGUAUUUAACGAAUACGUGUGCUGCCCGCCAUAACAUUGUUCCACACAUGUAGUGAGAUGACAUAACCCCCCAAACGUUCAGAAUUAUUGUUAAUUGACCUUAGCAUGCAUUCCUUAUCGGGGCUGAACAGUAUUGAUUUUACGAUACCGUUGUUUUGUAUAACACUGUUACUAAUGAAGAUAUGAACAGUGUAGAAACGACAUAUUGAACAGACGUUUGAAAUCUGAUACUAUCAGCAAUAACGACAAGAGCAUAGACUUUUGUGGGCAUCAUAUUGACGAGUGUACUUCGGUUGAAUGAGUUUUUGUUUCCGUUGAUUUGUUAAUUGGCCGUUUCAGUCCCACAAUUUUAUUUUGUUCCGACAGACGUAGAAAUGCAAAAUAAAAAACCUGCAAAUUAAUACUAGUAUUUCACGACUACAUUUCAUCAAUAUUUCUACUCGAUUACUAGUUUAAGAAGUCUUGUUUCAUUUGUGUAUGAAAAUAUUGGCAGAAAAAAAGAAGAGUUGGGUCCCACUAUAUUGGCCGGGCUGAGACGCAGUGCCUAUUCACGGGCGCGAUCCCGCUACUGAUCGACACGGGGACUUUUGCCUGCUU